UGCCAUCACUGGAGGCAAGGCGUUCGGUGCAGUGGCAGGAGUAGCGAGCGCAGCGAGCAGGAGUGAUGGAGUCCACAUAUCGCCGCCAACUGCGCUACUAUCAGGGACAAGCUCAUCCUUUUUACAAUCAGUACCAACCAAGCUUCAGUCCGAAAGAAGCAUCCCUGUGGAGAAGCCACCCCCUGCCUCCUCCAGACGCUUCGCGAGGGCGGAGAUGGGGACAACGGCAGUGGUGCAACAUGCUGCUAGCAGCUGCUGCUUUCCUGGUAGUCCUGACCGUCAUGGUCAUUGCCGGCCUCGCCAUCUACAUGGGAGCCCUGAAGUUGGAGGCUUCACAAUACCUGGUGCUGGAUGGCAGUUUCAGAGUUGUGAGUGGGGACUCCUACAACUCCUCACUGUCCGAUCACUCCAGCCAACUUUUCCAAAGAAAAUCUCAAGUUUAUAAAAUAAUGAUAGAGAGCAUAUUUAGAAGAAGUGAUCUCGGCCCAGCUGUCAAGCAAUGUUCAGUGCUUGGUUUUGCCAACAGUAGUUUAGUUGUGUUCUUCAGACUUAUACUGGAUCGACGGAAGAUACCAAAGGGGCCACUUAGUAUAGAGGAGCAAGUUAAAACCAUUCUUCUACAAGGGGUUUCUGCCACAAAAUCUAUGAAAAACCUAAAAAUAGACCAAGCUGAUGUCUUUUUGAAGAGUAUUAUCAACGAAUCAAAUAAUACUGCACAGCAUGAAGAUGUCCCCAGUAGAAAUCAAACCGUAGAAAUUCACAAUGGUCUCUUAAGAAAGAGUUUUCCUCGAAUUGUAACUGCUCACUAUACUAGUACACCCUCUAGCGUAGCACAAAUACCAAAGACUUCAUCCUCAAACGAUGGUGUGAUUGAGGGUACAUUUAAAUUAUCAACAUCCCAGCCAUCAAAAAAAGAUCAAAUCGCAAACCAAACAUCUAAUGUAUUAGCAUCUCAAUCUCCUGCUUCUAGUCAAGAACAUCAGAAAAUCAACAGAACUUCCACUAAGCCGUCAAGAAAUGAUUCGCCAGUCUCAAUUGAUUUCUUUCAACACAGUCCUGCCUUAAAUGCUUUAGUAGCACAGAAACCUAGGGCUGACAAAAUUAAAAAGUCAUCCUCAACUCCAACUUCAACUGAAUCUGCCAUGAACUAUCCAGAUACAGACCUGAUUACUCUGUUACCCUACAUUUUUCAAGGUCAGGAGGAGCCGUGGAAACCUAUUCUUCCAGAGAACUUUACCAGGUAUCCUGAAAGAAGACCAUUUGCAACUGAAGGUUACAGUUCAGAAGGAGUAGGUGUUGUGGAAGUCGUGCUAGAUCCUGAAGAUCUGACAUCACCUACAUCCUCAAGUUCAAGAUGGUCUAAAAAAGGUCUAAAUAUAAAAAAUCAUGAAUAUAUGAAUCUUGAUAAUCCACAUCAUACAAUUGAACAUUCUGCUCCUGUGAAAUAUGAUAAUGAUAUGUUUGGACCUAGAUCUGAUGAGAAAACAACUUCAUUUUUAUUGAACAUGCAAUCAGAAAAAAAUAAGGGAGAUUAUCAACACUACGAUAAAGUUCAUGGAGAUAUUUUUACUAGACAUAAAAAUAUCCCUAUAUUAGGUGAUAUUACACCAGACUUUCCGAUCAUACAGCAGUUCCACAAUUUAGAUUCAUUUCUAAGAUCAUACAGAAAGUCAUCCCAGAAACAAAUACCGUCUGGUACUCCUGUAACGUUACUUCCGGCUCGCUCAAACAUUGAUAUGAGGAAACAAAUUCGCCCUCGACCAUCUCAAAUUCCAGAACCAUUUCAUACUGAACUGCUUCCAACCAAAAAAUUAGAAGAAACAACAAACCAUUCAAAGACAAUUAAAAGCCAGAUUCAGAUUGAAGUUGAAUCUGUAACAGAUCAAAACCAAGAGAAACAGACUGAUUUUGGGAGUUUUUAUGAAAAUACAGAUGCAGUUUUUGAGGAGAAUGGAACUGCAGAAAAUCAGAGGAGAUCACCUGUAGAUUUAUUAAAAGAUGAAGCACUGAUGGAACAAAUUUUCGAUAUGACAAGAAAUUCUGACAAAACUGUGGAUUUAGAACCAAUCACUCAAACUGAUAGAGUUAAUUUUGUGGAAAUUUUGAAAACAAGAGAUAUUCACACAGAAUCAACUCCUAGUGUUGAGGCUAACACCGAAACAGAAUACACACUAGAUGAUAAAGAGUUCAUAGAACUGACUACUGCAGACAUAUCAGAUGUUGUUAGCCCACGAAAUCACCGUCAGUCCAAAAUGUCAAAUACGUUUAACAUCGCAGAAGAUCCACCUUUAAAAUUUGACUUGGCUAGUAGUGACAAAGGUAUUCAGUUGGUUUCCAAUUUACCGGCUACGAACACAAGUGAUCUGAAACACAAAGGAAUCGCAAACCAGUCAGUGUUUGUAAUGAAACUAAAAGAUAUUAAAUUUCAAGAACUUUUGGAAGAAAUAAUGUACAAUCUAACAACAGAAAACUCAAAGUUCAGUUCUAAUUCCAGUGAAGAGUUCUACAUCGAUAUAGCACACAACAGAAAGUACGGCCAAAGUUCAGCUGACAACAAAAACAGCUUGAUAAAAAACUCAACCUUCUUUGAAAUGAAACCUGACAUACUUCUUUACCAUUUAAAACACGCUAAGAACGUGAGUUCAUCUAAUUUUAAAACAGAUAGCAACACAAAUGAUUAUCUAAAUAUAAAAAAUGGUAACAGCAAUAACAAGACUUCGUCAAACUAUAUUCUUAACAAAGACGGAUUUUUGAUGUUAACAAAAGUGUAUAAUAAAGCUCCAAAUGAUCCACAAACCAAUAAAGAUGAAAAUCCGAUUAAAUCUCUCAGCACAGGAAACCACACAACAGACUGUUCUGGGAGCUUGAGAAUGAGGUGUGGUAGUGGCGAAUGCAUCAACUCAUUGUCCAGGUGUAACAACCUUGUAGAUUGUACUGAUGGCUCGGACGAAAAGAACUGUUCUUGUGCUGAAUUCCUACGAGCACAAUACUUGACCAGGAAGAUAUGUGAUGGGGUUGUUGACUGCUGGGAUUUCUCUGAUGAAAACAACUGUGACUGGUGCUCCAGUGGUCAGUACGUCUGCAGCAACUCCAGAGUGUGUAUAGACCUGGUCCAUGUCUGUGAUGGAGAUAUUCAUUGUCCCAAUGGUGAUGAUGAGAAAAAUUGUGUCUCAAUAGCUCCCAACGUAUCUCAAGCUGACACAAUGAAUUAUUAUUCCUCAGGAACUUUAAUGAUCAGAAAGGAAGGCCAGUGGGGCAAGUUGUGUACACAAAAUUUUGCAAAUUUAAGUUCUUUAUUUCAAUCAAGAUGGACUUUGGAAGACUUGGGAAAAGUUGUCUGCAAGACAAUGACAUUCAGAUAUUUUGACAGCAUUGAAAGUGUUAACGAUACAAACAACCAAAACACUUACUACGAAUUGAUCUACUCAAACGAUGCUGCCCAUCAACCCCAAAGUUCAAGACUGGGACUCACAUUUCAAGAUACAGACUGUUCAGAGAAGAAUGUUGUCCGUAUAACUUGCAGAAACCUGGAGUGUGGAGUGCGGCCGCAAGCUAACACUCAGUGGGCUAGGACAAAGCGUGUUACCGGCUCCCGACACUCCAGGAUCGUUGGGGGAGGUAACGCAGGCCCAGGCUCAUGGCCGUGGCUCGCAGCUCUGUACAAGGAGGGAGAGUUCCAGUGCGGCGCAACCCUCAUCUCCGACCAAUGGUUGCUUAGUGCGGGUCACUGCUUCUACCACGCUCUGGAUGACUACUGGGUGGCCAGACUGGGAGCUCUGCGUCGAGGAACCAACUUGCCUUCUCCUUACGAACAGCUGAGGGUGGUGUCCCGCAUCCUCCUCCACCCUAACUACGUGGACUCAGGCUUCAUCAACGACAUCUCACUCCUGCAGAUGGAGAGACCCGUGAGCCUCACCAACUACGUUCGUCCGAUCUGCCUGCCACAGCCCAACGCUAUCUUGAGAGACGGGAAGAUGUGCACCGUCAUUGGCUGGGGACAGUUGUUCGAAAUUGGAAGGAUAUUUCCUGACACAUUGCAAGAGGUGCAGCUGCCUGUGAUCUCUACUUCAGAAUGCCGUAAACGUACGCUGUUCCUACCUCUGUACAAGGUCACAGAGAACAUGUUCUGUGCGGGUUACGACAGAGGGGGCCGAGACGCCUGCCUGGGAGACUCGGGGGGACCUCUCAUGUGUCAGGAAAAUGAUGGACAUUGGUCUCUAAUGGGAGUGACCAGCAAUGGUUACGGCUGCGCCAGAGCAAACAGGCCCGGAGUGUACACCAAAGUGGCCAACUAUGUCAACUGGGUGCACACCAGCAUGGCCGACGAGAGCAAGAACGGACACGUCGGCAGACUGAACAGCACCUGUCAUGGACACAGGUGUCCCUUAGGAGAGUGUUUGCCUCCCGCAAGGAUCUGCAACGGCUACAUAGAGUGCAGUGACGGCAGUGAUGAGCGAGAUUGUUGGUAAUCGCAUACGAAAUUCGUUAUUUUUUUCAAGUACAGAAUUCUGUAAAAUAUCCAAAGAUUUAAAUAGCAAAAUCAAACACAUCUUUUUCUAUGUGGUUUUCAUACGCGAAACUUUCAACUUGUACUUCCUGUGUAUUUGAUAAUAGACAGAUAUUCUUAUCCUGUAUAUUAGUUGUUGAUAUCUAUGCUCCGUGUUUGAAACUUGUAAAAUGUCCUUAAACCCAGUGCCACUGAAACCCGCUGCAGUUGUGAGUUAGUUUGUAAACCAACUCAUUCAGUCGUAGCAAAUCACAUUUCAUAGUUGUAAAUAGCAAUAGUGAAUUGUACCUGUUCAUACUGCUCAAAGUUCAUAAUAUUUUAAAUAGAGAGAUUUUUGGGGGACCAUCAAUAAUUAUUACUCUUUAUUAAUGAAAUUGUCGUUACAGAACAUCUUUUAUUAGAAAUAUAGUCUUCCAUUUAAUUUUAUUGUAAUAAUUGUGAUAAUUAGUCCAAUAUUAAUAGCGUGACAGAAGAGCUUUAUGGUGCAAAAUCAAUGUUUCUGUAAAGAAUUCCAUGACAUACAUUCAUAGUCCUGCGAUUAGUGAUAAGAUCGUUUUCUACACAGAAAUUCUAAAUUCAAAGUUUUUAGUUUUAUUACUCACUGUUAAAAAAUACUGUGUGUUUUAGAUUGUUGAUAUAUAAUACUUUUUUGCAUUCCAUUGAUUUAUUCCAUUAAAAAUAAUAUUUUAGUUUGCAUUUAAUCAUCCAAGAACCCACUUUGAGUGUCUUGCACGUUACAUGGGGUAAAGGGUUUCUUUGCAAUUUUGAUCUUUCAUGUGAUUUAUAUUAUUAAGACUGUUAAUAUUUAAUUUAGUUCAUCAGAAUUGUAAAUCAAAUGUAACGUGCGACUACACUCAAAGCAGGACCUUAAAAAUAGUUAACGUUUAUAAGUUAUUUUAUUUAUGUUAAAUAAACAUUUUUGUAUUGAUUUGUA